CCCAGAACAGUCAAGCCAAGCAGCAGUGCGACGAGAUCAGCCCAGGACAACCCAAUCCACCUCUUUCGUUCAUUACCAUCUCCUUAACUCACUUCACUCACUCACCCUCACUUCUCCAAUCGACUGUCGCCGAAGUACCGAAGCCGACCUAACUCCCCUUGUUUUUGCGACGAACGACGACCAGUUUCAAAAAUAAAAUAAAAUACCGGAUGCCAAGAUGAAGACCAACAUCAGCCUCAUCCUCACCUUCGCACUCCUCUCCCUCUUCUCCAGCUCAACCCACGCCAAACAUAAUAAUAUCAAGAGUCGCGGUACACCAGCCAAUAAUAAUACUAAUAAUCAACAGAAGAACGGAAUCUCUAAGCCUUGUCAAACUUACUACAGUGCUAAUACCCCUCAUGCUGUAUGUAACGGCGAUAGGUCUGUAAUGUGUCUUGCCGGUUGCACGGGUGGUGUUGUCGUCCAGAACUGUCAAUCAAAUUCUUCCUCACCACUUACUACUGAAACCUGCACUGUCGCAUUCAGUCAAACCUCGGAAGCAGCAUAUCUCUGUAAUACCCCUCAAGGUGCUUACACCUGUCAAGGCCCUCAAUCCGGCGGCGUAGUUUGUCAUAAUUGUGUCUCAACUGCCAACGGCGUCCUUCCCUCCAAUAACUCCUCCUCCACUUCCAACACCCCUGGACACUCAUCCUCCAACUCGACCAACGAACAUGACCAACAGGGAUCUUCCGAUUCUUCGGCAAUCAUACUCACAUCCGCUGGGGCGUUGUCUGGCCUAUUCAGCUUAUUGAUCACCACUAGUCUUGCGACUUUGCUCUAGUAGAACCCGUAACAAUAUCAAUAGAGACAAUACCCUCCUCCCCCUAUAUUCCUCUCUCUUAGCUCAACCUCUCUCAUUUUGUUCAUUCUAUCUUCUAUGUGGUCCAUCGGAACGGACUUGCCUCUUUUCCCCCUCCUUGACCUCACUGGUCUUUCGCUCCCUCUCCCACUCUCUCUUUGACCCUCUUUGCUCCUCUUCACUCCUCUUCUUUUUCGGUCGGUUGUUUCAUCAAUACUGAAUAAUAAUGAUGUGUUUUUUUCUUUUCUUUUUUUAUUCUAGCUGGUUUUUCUUUUCUUUUUUUUUUUUUUGAAAAUCAGACUAUUUAUGAUGGAUUUUUCUUUGUUCCCUUCCACUUGCCCUUUCUGAUCGUCUUCUCCCUUCCUUUUCCCCUCGCUUUCAUGGGCUUUCUUUUCGAUUGUUAUUCUACAUUUUUUAUAUUAUUAUUAUUUGAAUCAACCGUUCCGCGUUCAUUGUGA